CCCUGUGCUCAGAACAGGCUUCAGUUGGAAGUUGGAGAGCGUCAGUUGCUGAGGCAGCAAUAACAAACCACGUUUCCACUCUGUUGAACCAACGAGCGGCUUCAGACACGACGAAACCUAAUGAGGCGGGCAUUUGCCCCCUGUGCCAAAAGGAGCUCCUGCUUGUAUCCAAGCAUCUGAAAGAGUUCCACAAGGUGGAAAACCUCCGGGAAAGGGACAUUUUGAACAAGCUGGCGAUGGGGAGGACGUUAAUUCCUCCCGGCCCUUGUCCUAUUUUGAACUGUGUCCCACAACUGCUUCACGUGGAGAAGCACCUGGACAACCAUAAGGAGCUGACACAGAGGAGGCAGCGGGAGGUAAAGCUGGCCCUAAAGAGGAAGGUGGCCUUGCAGCUCCUCAGGGAGUUGAGGGCCACUGACACCCAGCCUCCCAUGGUCAGCACACUAGACCUGGACGGUGACCCGGCGGCAGGCGAGGGAAACACCUGCGCCAACCCUGCUUGCAGGACCCGGGCCAUGCACCUUACCAAUGAGGUCUACCGCCUCCAGGGCGCUCUGGCGGAUGCCAAGAGGCAGCUGCAGCAGCUCCAGCCGCAACAGGCCUCCUCUCCGCCGGAACAGCGACGUGGGCACGGGCAGGGAUUGCGCCUUAGUCCGCACCCCUCGACUUCCGCCCCCUCGCGAACCUCCCCUACCGCCCCCUCAAGCUCCAGCUCCUUGUCAUCGGACGACGAGGGUGAAGAACGGCGGGAGCAAGGGCAGGGACGGUGCCUUAGGUCACGCCCCUCGACUUCCGCCCCCUCGCGCGCCUCCCCUACCGCUUCCUCGAGCUCCAGCUCCUCAUCAUCGGACGAGGAGGGCAAAGAACGGCGGGAGCAGGGGCAGGGACGGUGUCUUAGGUCACGCCCCUGAUUUCCGCCCCCUCGCGCGCCUCCCCUACCGCUUCCUCGAGCUCCAGCUCCUCAUCAUCGGACGAGGAGGGCGAAGAACGGCGGGAGCAGGGGCAGGGACAGCG